UUCCACAAAUACACCAAAGCCACAAAUUAAAUAAGAACAAACAAUACGUACUAAACUCUUCAAUUGCUUUCUUCGAUCCUUGCUAUCUUCACCGCUUUCGUCUACAAAUGCUCGUUCUGGUAUUGGUUUUGGCCAUUCUAGUGAGCUCCACGGUGGUUGUGGAUGCCGGGAACUUCACCCAGGAUGUCGAUAUCACGUGGGGAGACGGCCGCGCUAAGAUCUUGAACAAGGGCCGGCUGCUGACCCUGACUCUAGACCAGGCAUCCGGAUCAGGAUUCCAGUCUAGGAAUGAGUACCUGUACGGCAAGUUUGAUAUGCAAAUCAAGCUUGUCCCAGGCAACUCAGCUGGCACCGUAGUUGCCUACUAUUUGCGGUCACAGGGCUCGUCCUGGGAUGAGAUAGACUUUGAAUUCUUGGGGAACUUGAGUGGCGAUCCUUACGUUCUUCACACGAACAUCUAUACCCAAGGGCAAGGCAACAGAGAGCAGCAAUUCUAUCUGUGGUUCGAUCCGACCAUCGACUUCCACACGUACUCCGUACUGUGGAACCCAUCACAAGUUGUUGUCUAUGUCGAUGGCACACCGAUAAGGGAGUUCAAGAACUUGGAAGGGGCAGGGGUGCUGUACCCGAAGAGCCAGCCCAUCAGAGUGUACUCGAGCAUAUGGAACGCAGACGACUGGGCCACGAGAGGCGGCCUCGUGAAGACCAACUGGACCCUAGCGCCCUUCACUGCCUCCUUCAGGAACUUCAGUGCCAAGAAAGCCUGUAUUUGGCUCAACGGUGCCUCAUCCUGCAGCAGCUCGAAUGGCACCUCUGCGCCGUGGCUGACCCAGAAUCUCGACGAUGCAGGGCAGAUGCAAAUGAAGGCCGUCCGGGGCAAGUACAUGAUUUACGAUUAUUGCCGGGACACGAAGAGGUUCCCACAGGGCUUGCCUCUAGAAUGCUCUCUGACCACCAAAUCCUAGGAUCCUACCGACAAAAAAAAGAAGAAGCAAUUGAUAUGAUGUUCAGGAUCUGUUACACGGGGACAAUUCUUUUGUACGAAAUCUCUCAACGGAAAAUAAAGGUUUAAAUAUCAGCUGAUUUGCACAAA